UGAAGACUGGAUGGCGGGUUGUUCGGAAGUUGGUCGCUGACUGCCAAGAUUGCAAACCGGAGUUCAGUUUAUUUCCGGUCGUUACCUGAACAGAUUACCUACCUGUACAAAAAUUUCUGCAUAAGUUAAAUGAUUAUUUAUGAUUAAAAUGAGCCUAAUGAUUCGUACUGGAAAGUUUCUAUUAUUUUGCAUCUCACGUCCAUCAGUUCGAUGUUUGAGUUCAUUUGAAAGUGCACAAAACCCAGUCAAUCUUUAUCCAAAUUCUGAUCCUAACGCUGUUUUCAAGAAACCUACAGAACCAAGUAUUAGCCAAAAUGUUUUCAAUGGAUAUAUCCCUAUCGACGAACUUCAAAUAUCCUAUGCGUAUUCGAGUGGUCCCGGAGGACAACAUGUGAAUAGAAAUAAAACGAAAGUGGAGAUACGUUUUCAUGUUCCAUCAGCGUCAUGGAUACCAGAUCAAGUCAAACAACUAUUUUUGGAAAGGGAGGCUAAUCGAAUUAAUAAAGAGAAUUACUUUAUUAUUACAUCGGAUCAUACUAGGAAACAAAUAUUAAAUCAAGCUGAUUGUUUAGAACGAAUUCGUCGUAUAAUCAGGGAAUGUGUUAACUCAUUAAAUAAACCUGAACCAAGUCCUGAAACUUUGGAAGCAAUUCAAUCUCGAAAAGUGAAAGCCAACGAAGAGAGAUUACGUAAAAAGAAAGAAAAAUCAUAUACAAAACAAUUACGACAAGAUCAUUAUCACACUGAUUUAUUUUGAUCCGUUUUUUAGUUUUCUAUGGAAGUGUAAAUAUCACAAUUGUUAUUAACAAAUACUAUCCCUCAUAUAUGUUACUGUCAAAAUAAAUAAGUAGUACACCAUAUAA